AUGUCUGAGACAGUUGAAACUAUUUCCCAUGGCAUCUAUCACAAUUUAAUCACAACUUUGAUCCAAGACCUCGUUGCACGAGAAACAACCAAGGAACAAUUGCUAAGAGCUAGGUAUCCCGACUUGAAACCGUAUUAUCGUAGUCCAGAUCACCAAUUGGACAUCAACGGGAAGCCAAAGCAGCAGGAGUCGUCUCAAUAUUUGCACUGCGACAAUUGCGAUAGAGAUGUGUCAGCUAACAGAUUUGCCGCACAUCUGCAAAGGUGCCUCGGUAGGGGAUCCAGAAGAUGA